AUGGUUUUGGCCGUUCUCAAGAGCGCAAAUCGUAAGACGUAUCUUAUACUCGACGCUCUUGAUGAAUCCGGCGUUCCAAGGAAGGACCUACUUGCUUGGGUCGAGAUGAUAGCGGAGCUUACCUCCCCGAAGAUACAUCUGCUUGUCACCAGCCGCGAAGAGUCCGAUAUCUCUUCAGUGCUUGGUCGUCCCAAUUUGAUGGAUCAAAUCAUCGCUGUCCAAACAGACAUUAUUGACAAAGACAUCCGCGCGUACAUGGAGCACAGGUUGGGAACAGGGAAAGAAUUUCAGAGAUGGAAAGAUCGGGCAGAUAUUCAGCAGAAGAUUCAAGACUCACUUACGAGAAUGUCUGGCGGAAUGUAA